UCUGUCCUUCGCAUCUUGCACUACCCAUUCGAGCCCCUCGUUCAGGUUACUGCCUGUCAUUGCACUGCAUGGGAAUAUUGUCCACUUGUGAGUCUUGAUCGCAUCAAGCUGUAGCGCCUAUCCUCCCGUAGAAACACAUCUCAGCAAAUUCAUAUUAUCAAUAAGCCCAGCAAGUUCCUCUCUGCAGUCGUCGAUUCGGAGGCGAUCCGUGGCAUCAACCACCCAGAUCAAAGCGUCGGUUUUUUCGAAAUAAUUUCUCCAGUACGACCUCAAUGUCUUUUGCCCUCCAACAUCCCCUACAUGGGAAAAAAUAUGCCAGUUUUAGAGUUUCCAUUUUUUUUCAUCUUGUUUUUUUUCCCUUUUGGCUUGCUCGUAAGUUCAGGAUGAAAACUUACAUAUGUUUAACUUGUACCUAUUUUCGAUAGAACAGAUGGCCAGUCAGUCCACUUGGAGUUUAUUCAAGUAACCUGCUCAACAUGACAAACCACUAUACCUACCCUUGGAAAUCAAUAGAUUUGAUGAUAAAGCCCAGCGUUGGGCUAACAGUGGUGAUAUCCUCAUUCAUAAUCCUCUUGACAAUGGUUGUUUUGCCUGCAUUAUCAAGCCCUCUUCUGUCAAUCAGCGGCAAAGCUUCACAACCAUGGCAUAACCAAAGGGAAAAUGGACUUACAGCAUCAGGAUUCUCAUUUCCUUGUCCUUCAGCCUUGCCUUUCGCAAUAUAGAAAGCAUAUUGGCAUGCUUUUUGCAGGUGUCUCUGUCUAGCGUUUGGAUGUUGCAAGAGUCAAAGGGAUUUUUCACGGAGGUAAAUAUUGUGAGAUUUCUCUCAUAGAAUUAAAUACUUAAUUAUUUCCCGCCCAAACCCAACCCCCAAACCAACCUGAACUCCAGAAACGUAUAUCUCUAUCUCAACGUCUCAUUUUCAAAAUAGAGAGAUAUAAUCCAGCCUAAUAUUUAGCUAGGUUUAUUUAUGUUCAAUUGAUGGCCUGUAUCUUUGUUUGGAUUUGUCUUAGCAUAUUUCGUAUUUCGCCAUCUCCAGGGUGAUGCGUUUGCUCUCUAUGUCCUGUAGUGACACAGUCUACUCUUUCACAGUUUCAACCAGGCACCACCAGCCAUCGGAAAUACUCAUUCUUCCAUUGAGUUGAUAUUCUCACUUCAAAGAUAUUCCCCAGUGUCUUUCUUUCUAUUGAUACACACAGCUACACGAUCUUCCAACUUCUACAUUGGAUUCAUCAAAACAUCCAUCAUCCUCUAUCACUUCUUUCGCCGCUCAGGGAGUGAUUGUUAGCCAUUUGAGGCUGAUGACAGUUAGUGCAAGGCCCUCAGGGAGUAGAGGGUUUUGCCAUCUGAUUCCAGGGCCCUUGGGAUAAAGCAACCUGCCCAAGUGGAUAUCGUACUCUUCCUCGAGUAACCUACAUAAGCACCCAGACUUAGGAAGACGCGGCAACACAUCAACAAUGGAGGGACUCAGGAUGUCAAAUCACAAGGAUCACCUAUCAUCCGCUGAUGAAUGGAGUGAAAUGUUGACUUCAUUCAAAACAUUACAGGCCACUUCACAGUCAAGGUAUCAGGCAAUACGAUUAUCUCUCAAUGAGGCUCCUCGGGCUUUGUCCUCCAAGAAGGACCACACUGGUUUGCAAACACCAACACAUCAAGAAAGUUCCAAUGUCGCCAUUGCCAACCCUCCCGAUAUUAAGACCCAAAACACUCCGGAGGCCUCUGCUGGGCUGCAAACACCUACCUCAAAGAGAUUAGAUACAUCUAGCCUAGCAAAGUCAAAUAUCGGAAUUGCCAACUCUGUCAUAGCAGUCAUACCCUUAAAAGUUGCGGCUGAGCAUGCCCAGGAAACUAUUCCCAAGAAGGAAGACGUGACAAGCUCCGGGCAUUUCUCCAGUCGACGCCAGUCACUUGUUCCGAAAAUCCAUCCUGCCUCUGACUCUGAUAUCAUUACUGAAGUGAAGAGAGCCAUCGCUACUCCCAAGAAGCGGGAUCAGGAUAUGGUAGUUCUAUCCCCUUCUCCCACAGACGGUUCCGAUAAAGUCCUGCUUCCACAGUACAAAAAGAAAUACACAGCAGGAUCACCUCUGGCCCGAGGUACCCCAGCUACUCCAUCAAAUAGGCAACAGCCUGCACUACCUGUCCAAAAUCUACACGAAAUUUCCAAUCAGAGGAGCUCGACCACGACCAACUGCCCUGACACCAGUCCCACGAAUAUAGCCAGCGGAACUGGCUUCCUUAGUGCUAGACGUGCUAUACAGAAAAUACCGACAUCUCAUGGACCCCCAAAACCUCCUCAGCUUGCGAACAUGAGACGCAGGAAACCCAAAGUGAUUUUGAAUGCACCCAACGAGACUUCAAUAGGUCCUCUAAAGAAAACUGAAAUCGACGACAAACUGGAGCGCCUUCAGAGAGAAGGAAAACAGAAGAUUGGUCAGCAGCUCCGUGGCAUUGACCUCCACGCAGCUGAAGGGCCUUCGCCCCUUGACCGUGCGCGCCAGGGAGAGGGAAAUGAUCCAACAUCACCUGUCGCUAAGGAAAUUUCCCUUGCUCUUGCUAAGCGAGAUAUUGCAGCAUUAUCACCCUCUUUACAUGAUUCUCGGUCAGGUAAGAAUUCAUCCGGCGAUACAGGGCUAGAUAAUGGUGAUUCGUCCGAUAAAGCUGCAUAUCGUACCCCUUUCUCUGAACGUAAUUCAGAUUAUUCAGAGCAAAGGAAUAACCAUUACUCCAUGUCGGGGGGUGAUAAUCUUUCUAUGUCAGUAGUCGACUGGCAUCACCGCCCUUGGGACAGUCACUCAGGUCCGAAAUAUACCCAUAGGUUUAAAAAUUGGUUGAAGACAGUUGGAGAAUUGGAUCGCGUCUGGGUUGAUACAAACAGCCUAGAGUUCAACGAUGCAAACUAUCAUUCCAGUGGUGGACGUGGCACGUUUCACUCACCGGUAAAGUCACCUAUCACAUACCUUGAUCCGGCCGACCCACAAAGUGCUGCGCAUGCGCACGAGACGGCUAGUGGCUAUAUUCAUAAUUGGAAUUCUCAGCUGAAACGGGAACGACAAGAAGCUAAAUGGAAGAAAAAUCAGAUGGCUAUGCAAAUGCAGCUCAGUCAGCAAUGCCGCCAACCCCUUGCGAUAGAAAUGAAUCCGCACACGCCAAAGUUAAAUCUGUACUUGCGACCUAUAGAAACGAAGGAUAUCCCAGGGUUACUUAAGCUGUUCAAUUCGUACAUUCAAAACACUGUCCGCUGCGUCGACCUAGAGCCACUCUCUUUGGAAAGUUUGGAGGAGCGCAUUGCAGAAUGCGAGCGAGAGAAAUUCCCAGCCCUCGUUGCUGUUGAGCAGAAACCACGCCUAGGUCACGCCCUGAGUGGCGAGGAGGAAGAAAUAUUCGGUUGCAUUCUUGCAUGCGACUUCACAGGCCCAGCGACCAUCCAUCGCUACACUGCAGAGCUGGAACUAUUCGUUGACCCCAAAUACUGUCGCCUACGCGUUGGAAGUUGCCUCGUUGAUAAAUUACUGGAAAUCUGCGAUCCUGACUACUACCCCAACCAGGGAUAUCAUUUUGACUGCGCUGCAGCACAGGCCGACGUGUACCGUGCAGGUAAAAAUCGGCAAGUGGCCAGAUUAAUAUUCAUUUUACACCACGUUGCGGACAAUGAUGGCGAUUACCAAUGGACCAAGGAGUGGCUAGUGAGUAAAUUCGGGUUUGAGGAACAGGCCCUAUUGAAAGGCACUGGGCUUAAAGAGGGGAAAUUGUGAGAGAGCCCAUUUUCCACGAGAGUACUUAAUAUUUGACUUACAUGGCUGGACAUAAACGGUUCAGCUCCAUACGGACACGCAGCAUGCUAAUCUUUCCCCUUUUUUUGCCUUUUCUUCGGGAAUUUUCUAGGUUAAAUUCGAGCUAUCUGGUUCGCAGUAUCAGGUUUAUGCCCGAGGAGGCCUAGGUCGCGAAUUGUAACCUUCACUACAAAGCAAAUCACUACGCUCACGGCUAAAACGAUUCGAUGAAACUUCAUUCUCGCGGUUUUCUUUUAACUAUCGUCUACGCUCUUACAGUUCAUGUCUCGUACUCCUAUAUGGCUCGUGGGUCCUGACCUCUGUUUGGAUCCCAUCGCGCUUGCCAGCCUACUGCGAAACAUACUUGUGUGGUUUUAUGUUACUUGAACAUUUGCGAUUUGGAAGUAUAUUUGUGUUAUUACUCUAUUCACAUCUCUUUAACCCGUCCCUGUCCCUGUCCUGUUUCUUCACAUUCCAAAAGAGUUCAGUUGAAGCAGCGGGGAGUUGGAAGGCGGAGAAGGAAAAUGUAGCCCGCCUGCUCAGUAUUACAAGGCUGGAACCAGGAUAAAAACAUGUGAUUACUUAGGAAAUAGAACUGAAAAAUUAGCGUCUUGUUUCAUCUUUUUUAAACUUCAUGUUGAAUCUUUCAAAUGUCAUUAGCGCUUAGCAAUGUUUGCAUUCAAUCGUGUUAGCAACCCCCACAUACUCCAAGGUUUCCUAUCACUAAAACUUUAUUCCGCCCUAUGGGAGCCGAGUCCUGACUCCUAAGUACACGUCUUCUUCAUGCCAAGAAUACUCAGAAGAGAAGUGGGGCGGAGGAGGGGGAGUUGGGGGGCCUGGACGCCCGGUAGGGGUCGGGCUGGGGGCAAAGAACCGGAAUCAUAACUGGAUAUAACUAGAAUGGUAAAAGAAAGAAAAUGGGCAUAGAAAAAGUAUCUAUGUUCUAAUUUAUUCUAUUCUUAACGAGUGACUCAAAUAUGCAAUCUAUCUGUGUCCUAUGCUAUUCAAUCCAUCCAUAAAUUCUGAGAAAAAGAGAAAAGAAAAGAACAGCAAGCCUCCUUGAUAUCCUCUCUCCCGUACACUAGAGCCAUCUAAUCCCCUUCUAUAUUUAAGAGGUAGAACAGUCGCAGCUGCAGCUGAGAGGCAGGCUGCCUGUAGCUCCGAUACCCGAGGCAACACCUGAGAGCUUGAUCCCUGAGCCUGAAGCGAGAGCGGAAGGCGAGGGCGAAGGAGAGGGCGAAGGAGAGGGCGAAAGUGUAGAGGCGGCAUCGGGGUCGACUUGCUGGGCCAGAGCAGGCACAGCUGGGGUAGAUGAAGCAGAUGAACUGGCAGAGGGAGUUUCACUCGAAGGUGAAGGGGCGCUGGGAGGCGCAUCACCCCCACUCGAACCUUCACCGGG